UGCGGCCCCCGGCCCCAGCCCCUACAAAUACCGAACACCCCCCGUUACCUAAACCUUCGAUCUUUCCGCUCGCCAUGGGGAAAAAGAAGCGAACUCGAGUUUCCGAGGACGAGAACGAGAAGACCGGAGAGAUCCCAGGGGCCGGCGAAUCAUCGAUGAAGACUCCCAAAGAGAAGAGCUUAUACGAGAUUCUAGGUGUGGAGAGGGCAGCAUCUCAGCAGGAAAUAAAGAAGGCAUACUAUAAGUUGGCCUUGCGUCUUCAUCCGGAUAAGAAUCCUGGAGAUGAGGAAGCCAAGGAAAAAUUUCAACUCUUGCAGAAGGUGAUUUCUAUUCUUGGGGAUGAAGAGAAAAGGGCAAUAUAUGAUCAGACUGGUUAUGCUGGUGAUGAUGCCCUGGUUGGUGAAGCUGCCGAAAAUCUGCAAGAGUUUUUCAGAUCAAUGUAUAAAAAGGUAACAGAGGCUGAUAUUGAAGAAUUUGAAGCUAAUUACAGAGGGUCAGAUUCAGAGAAAAAGGAUUUAAAGGAUUUGUAUAUAAAAUUCAAAGGCGAUAUGAACAGGCUUUUCUGUUCAAUGCUUUGUUCUGAGUCAAAGUUGGAUUCACACCGGUUCAAAGAUAUAAUCGAUGAGGCAAUAGCUGAAGGAGAACUGAAGACAAGCAAAGCAUAUCAGAAAUGGGCGAAGCAGGUUUCUCAAACAGAACCACCUACCAAUCCUCUACAGAGAAGGGGGAAGUCAAAGAAACAAAAAGAAGCAGAUCUUGUUGCACUAAUCUCUCAACGCAUGAGCCAGAGGAAACAGCAGUUCAACUCUGUUCUCUCCUCCAUCAUGGCCGAGUGCGAUGCAGAUGCUGCCCCAGAACCUUCAGAACAAGAGUUUGAGAUGGCCCGGAAAAGAAUUGAAAGCAGCAAGCAAGCCAAAAAGAAGAGGCAUUAGUCUACCACCAUUUUGUAUUAAUUCCUGCUUAAGUAAUUGUGUUAUCCAUCCUUUGUGUAUAACCUGUUUAAGUAAUUAUUCUUGUCUGUAAAAGAUUAUUUUCAAUUUAGGGCGCUGUAAUUUUAUGCAAACGGAGAAAAUUUAACACUAUAUCUAUGCUCGUUGUGUUCAA